UGGCAGUGCGUGGAGCGUGACCUGCGCAGCCAGAUGGGCUCCGAGCGCGGCCUGGUCGAGGAGUACGUGGAGAAGAUGCCGAACCCCAGCCUCAAAGCGUUUAAACCUGUUGACCUGGGCGAUCUGAAGAGGAGGAACACACAGGAUGCAAAGAAGUCCUAA